GGAUUCCUGGUACGGAGAGGUGCAGAGCCGAUCCCUUGCCUCUUCCUAGCUCCUCCCAGAGUCGUGCAGCUGCCUGGCAAGUGCUUUCAGGAAGCAAUAUUUAAACAGCUACAGUGUAACAUGUGAGAAGCAGCGGGAUCUGGAGGGCCGUGGCGCUGCGGCUCCUGAGGGCGGAAUGGGUGGUUUGUCACGUACGGAGCGGCAGGCGGGAAGGCUCUGAGAGCCAGAUGAGCUUCACACGCUGCACACAGCAAGCGGAAGAAGGCGGCUGUCGCUCUCUCCACAGCCCCAGCCCCAGCCCCGCCAGCCGAGUGAAUCGAAUCCGCUGCUGACAAAGCCCACGGCACUCGCUCCCGCUUCAUCUUCCUGCCGCUCACCCCGGGCGCUGCUGCUGGCUCUCGGGUUGGCUCUUGGGAGGCUCUGGGAGUUUGAAAGUGAUUUGGAGAGAGCAGAGUCUGUGUCAGAUGGAUGCUGAACUGGAGCCAGCCUGUGUUGUGCAGCAGGCCCACUGUCCAGGGAUGAAGUGCCCUCCUUCAGAAGACUUUCCUCCCCAGAUUGGGCUGUCCGAUAAGAUCCCACCGGUAAAGCCUUGCUUCAAGAAGAAGCAGCAAGUGCAGAAGAGGCUGGACACAGAAACUCUCAGGGCUUUGCGGCCAAUCUUCACCAGUUUGCUGGGAGCUGGGAGCCUGGAUGGGGUCUUUGUGCACAGAGGCCAAAGUGGAGGUCAUAGCAAUUUAUGUGAACCCGUUGUGAAAAAGGCCCUAGGACUCAGUGCCCCCUGUCCCCAGCCGGGCAGCAAUGUGGCUGUGCUGAUGCCAGGAGCUUCAGAUGUGCAAGGUCAAAUUCCAGAGACUCAUCCUCCCUCUGGUCACCCUGAGCAGGAGAUUCAGUCUGGGGUUCAGGGCUUCCCAUCAGAAACCAAUCCUGGGACUGCUGCUGAUUCCACUAAUGAAUCAUUCCAGCACCACCCCUUUCACUCAGUCUCAAGUGAUGCUGCAGCCUGUCCAGUGUGCCCAGACAAGAUACUGGAAGGCUACACAUCUGGAUUAUUCCAGGAGAAUAGCUGCUUGAUGCAGUACAAUUUGAACCCAAACGAUGAAUUCAAUGCUGGGCUCUUUCAGGACAAAAGUGAGGAGGCUUCACUUGAUCUUGUGUUCGAACUUUUGAACCAGCUGCAAUAUCACACCCACCAGGAGGAUGGGAUAGAGAUCUGUGUGGAUUUUCUGCAGGGCAAUUGUAUUUAUGGCAGUGACUGUCCCAAACAUCAUACUGUGUUGCCAUAUCACUGGCAGAUCAGGAGGACUGCUACUCAGACCUGGCAAAGCGUGACCAAUGAUUCUCAAGAGCAUCUGGAAAGACUGUACUGCAACCCAGACAAUGACAGGAUCAAAGUGAAGUACCGGGGACAUGAGUUUUUGGUAGAUCUGAAUGUUAUGAACUUGUAUGAAACCAUUGAGUUUGACCAAAUGCGGAGGCUGUCCACACCAUCCUGCACCAGUUCCAAUUCCAACUACUACACAGUCUGGAAAUACUUCUGCAGGGACCAUUUUGGCUGGAGAGAGUACUCAGAGCCUGUUGUACGAUUGAUAGAAGAAGCCAACUGUCGGGGUCUGAAAGAGGUCCGGUUUGUUACCUGGCACAAUCAGUAUAUCUUGAACAUCAAAGAUGGCUUUCAACAAAAUGCAUGUUUCCGAAGAGAAAUCAAGAGGAGACCCCUUCUUCGCUCAUGUGUUGUGCUGAUGCCAUUCUUACAGACUCUGGGUGGCAAUCCUCCAAUACCUUCUACAUCAGCUGAACCAGCCUCUUCACAAGUCUUAUCUCCGACUGCUAUUACCUCUCCAAACCUUUAUCCUGAAACUUGGAUUAGUAUGGAUCCAGCUCAGGACUUCAUCCAAGUGCCUGUUUCUAAAGAAGAUAAAAGCUACAGAACCAUUUACAAUCUGUUUCACAAGACUGUGCCAGAGACCAAAUAUAGAAUUUUGAAAAUACAAAGAGUGCAAAACCAGUUUCUCUGGGAGAAAUAUAAAAGGAAAAGGGAAUAUAUGUCUAAAAAAAUGACAGGGCUUGACAGAAUAAUGAACGAAAGGCACCUGUUCCAUGGUACCUCCCAGGAUGUAGUGGAUGGAAUCUGCAAGCACAACUUUGAUCCACGAGUCUGUGGGAAGCAUGCCACCAUGUUUGGACAAGGCAGUUACUUUGCCAGGAAGGCGAGCUACUCUCAUAACUUUUCCAAAAGGUCACCCAAAGGAGUUCAUUACAUGUUUUUGGCUAAAGUACUGACAGGAAGAUACACAGUGGGCAAUCAUACUAUGAGAAGACCGCCACCUGUGAACCCUGGCAGCAUCACCAGUGACCUUUAUGACUCUUGUGUGGACAAUUACUUUGAACCUCAGAUCUUUGUCAUUUUUAAUGAUGACCAGAGCUACCCUUAUUUUGUUGUUCAGUAUGAAGAAGUUAGUAACACUGUCUCCAUUUGAAAAUCCUCCAUGCUCCUAAAUUAUUAAUGAUAAUGAACUUUUAUCUGACAUUUGUAGUAGUUUUUGUGAAAAAAUAUGGACUUUGCAGAACUGAUUAAAGUUAGUGGCUUGGAAGAGGGCUUAAAAAAAUAAAAAAGAAGAAAUCCUGAUGUGACCAGUUGUGCAAUUGCUGUUUCAUUAUGUAUGUGCAAAUUGUAAAUAUUUUCCCAUCCUUUUGUUAUAAAACCCUGUUUAUUUAUGUUAGUAAAUAUUCAUGUUU